UCAGGGGGAUUGCAGUGAUAGGACUAAUCCUGAAUUCGAUAUUAGCGUUGAGGAUACAGAUAAACUAGAGUCUGGAUUCUCAUUGACGCAAAAUGUCAUCGAAAAUACUGGUACCGCCAGCAGAGAGUUCGAAGCUCAGCAACGUCAAAAACAGGAGACAGGUAGCCUGCAUAGAUACGAGGAAAUGAUUAUUCUUUGUAGACCAAUGUUGGUGUCAAAUAUAAUUGUUAGUCAGGUCCUUCCUCAUCUGCACUCGUGCUUUAGUCAAACUGAUAUCAGUGCCAUUAAAAGCGAACCAGAUCGACACAAAGCAGUAGAGCUUUUACUAGACAAAUUACAAGCAAGCAAGGAACCUGGGAAAUGGAAAAUGUUUGUUCAAGCAUUGGAAGAGUGUAAAUAUCAGACGAUAGUGGAUGCUCUGAGACGAAAAGGUGCUGCAGACAAUAAUGAUCCUAUUAAGAUCUUGCAUAUGUUUUCACCUAAACUUCGAGAAAUGAUUGUACCAUCUGAGCUAACAGCUGAACUCCUGAAGGCAGAUGUCAUCAACUCCGAUGACAGAAGUGAAAUACACCAGAAAGAACGUUCCGCUGGCGCUGUCGCGGCAGCUGACAUCUUGCUUGAUAGAAUUCCUAGUAAACAUCCGAGGUGGUUUGAUAAUUUUCUCGAAGCAUUAAGGAGUGUCAACCGAUCUGAUCUGGCAGACAUGCUGACAGGCAAGGACAAUACGGAAUAUGAAAGUACGUUGCCAAAUGUUAAACAAAAUCCAACAACUGAAGUGCAGGCUAAAACAGAAUCAACAAUGUUUGAUGUAAACAAAGAAAGUAGAAGCAACGAUCAUAAAAAUCUUGAGCCACUCAUGGAUCAACUGGAACGUUUUAAUCCAAAUGAUGAAACUAUAGAAAAGGAUAUUCUGGUAGAGGAUAGAGAUUUGAGAUCAGAGAAAAAUAUUAAGAGUACACCAGUCGUUUUACAUGGUCAAAGCAGAACUGUAACAGACGAAAGCGAAAGAGAAAACGUUCAACCAGAUACAUCGUUGUUACAUGAACAACCAAACUCUGGUUGUUUACAUUGCUUCUGUAUUUCUAAAAACAAAAUUGAAAGUGAAAAUAUUCAAAAGUUGAAAGGGAGAAAUCGCGAUCUGGUUAUUAAAACAAACGAUCUUGAAUUAGAGCUGAAAGAAUUAGAGAAAAUUCUACAUGCUCAUAAAAAAUACAAUGAAAUGCAAUUGCAAAAGAGAAGCCUCCUUGAAAAGAUUCAAGUAGAAGAGAAGAAAACAGCUGAUUUAAAAGCUUCAAUAUCGGAGUGAAAAGCGAGCCACAAUGUGUUGAAAGACUGGAAGACGUAAUCUGCAAGUAGACGUCAUGCGACAAUAUUUUUCAGCGUUUUACAAAAAAAGUGUCCUUGUAUUAACUUUAAAGAUAGUACCUGUAGUUGUUUAGGGCUUGAUUGCUGAUGUUCAGAACACGGAACAUAUACUGUUAAUAAUCCAUUAUAAACAAAAGUCAAUGUCCACUAAUCUAAAUAGGGAGAGCGCCGAUCUACGGAUUGCGGGGUCGUGAGUUCGAUCCCUGGGUGAGACGUAUGUUUUCCUUGACGAUUUGAUAAAAGACAUUGUGUCUGAAAUCAUUCGUCCUGUCCCUCUGAUUUAUGUGGGGAAGUUGGCAGUUUCUUGCGUAAACUACCCGAAGUUACAUAACCGUUGAAAUACUGUUGAAAAAACGGCGUUAAACCCAAAACAAACAAAAAAGCAUAAUAAACAAUUAGGAGACAGAAGGAGGAUGUCAAUUUUAUAUAUAUAGGAAAGAAUAAUUACAUUUACACUUUGUGGUAAAAAAAGCGUUACAAUUGCUUGUUAUUUUUUUGUGAUUUUGAUUUUUGAGCUGUGAUUUACUCGUUCUUCCUGGCUUUUGCUGUAGUAUGCUCAUAUGCUAACAUGCAUUCACGGCUCAAUAAUACCUCGUAUAUACACAAAUAAGUUUAACUUGAACAAUGCAAGGGAAAUAAACUGUACAAUAGACAAAGGUUACCUUGAAUUUAGAUGUUUUGUGGCAAGAAAAAUGAUAAGUAUAAAUUAUGAUCAAGUUCCUCUUCAUACCAUUUUACUGUCGGAAUUAUGGUAUAAUAGUGUUACAGGAUUUUAAUCUACUGAAUCUUCUCAGUUAAAUGUUUGAAAGUACUGUCAUGUGUUAUGCUUUACAUAAAUUGUACUAUGUUUGACUAUAAAUUGUAUGUAUGCAAUUUUAUGUUAAAUAAAGUAUAUGUUAUGUAUGUUAAAAAAAUAAAUACUUCCGGUAAAGUAAAACGGAGGGAUGCUUUUUAAUCAAUGCCCGUCCGUAUGUUCGUUUGUCCUAUUUUCGUAUCUAGUCUAUAAUUCUUGAUUCUCUUAAACUAUGUUCAGGAAAUUCGAGUCAAAUAUGCAGCCCGUUAAUACAAUUCAUUUUUUGCAACCUAUGUUCAAGUCACACCGACCAAAGGUCAUAGUAAAGGCAAAAGUUUGAAUCUUGGAUGUCGUGAUCGAGGGAGGCAUACAACUUACACUCCUUUAACGAUUUAUUAUGGUACUAUAUAUAAAAUUGGUACGAAUACAUUCACACCAAAUCACAGAAAGAAAGCGUUAUUUUACAUGAAAAAUGAACAGCAAACAAAACAUAUAUAUUGUGAUACAAAACAAGUGUCAAUUUACUGUUUUUGCAUUCCGGAAAAUAUUUGACUAAAGGGCCAACAGUUUCCGACAGUUCAACGCCAUUUUUAAAGAACUUUGAUACAUUUGUAAUAAUGUCCAGUGCUGGGAUUUCGCACGAAUUAACGUAGUUUUCAGGAUUUGUUUUUAUUUGUUAAAUAAAAUGGCAUUCAUUUUAAAUUUAUUUAUUUAUUUAUUUGGGUUUUACGGCGCACCAACACAGUAUACUUUUGACAUUAUUUUAAGAAUAGUGCGGUAAAACAUGUAUUGGACAGGUAGGUUGUUGAUAAAGAUACUGUCUUUUUACAAAAUAUUUUUGUGAUAUGGUAAUAUACUUCUACACCUUAAACAUCACAAUGGUGAUUCAUCCAUUCUAAUAAUUAUUCAUCGUGGGCUCAACGCGAAACUAGUCUUUGGGCGUUUUAGAAAAAUGUUCAAGAGAAUGGAAAAUAAAACGUUCCAAGAAAAGAAAGAAUUUGUUUUAUUAAGUAUCAUGAAGAUAUUAUAUCUGUUUUAGUGUUACGAAUACAUGAACACAUUAAUGUUUGUAUUCUGAUCACUUGAACAAAGUUUUUGCCUAAAAAUUCAAGCAGAAUACUUGCACACUGAAUUAUGAUAAAAACCUUUUGAGUCAAUGCGAAACUAUUCUAUGUGAUUUUUAAAUAAUCUUUUAUAAAUGCGCUUAUGCCCAUUUUAUCAACAUAAAAACCUAUGAGGGUAUGUGUUUCGUAUAUUGGUGAAAAAGUGCAAAAGAAUACUUGUGCACUGAAUUUCCUGCCAGGAUUGUCCGUACACUAAAAGUGAAACUAGUCUAUGUGUGUGUCAAAAUAAGAUUUUUGCAAAUUAUUUCAAGUGCUUUUGUUAACUUGAGAUCAAAAUAAAUAUAAAGCUAGGAGUGUUCAUAAUUCAAUGAAAUGCAGCAAUUUCCAUGGAUGACAAUAAACACGAAAAUAAAAAAUAACACAAGCAUAUUUCAGGCCUCUCAGUUUAGAACAUAUUGAUUUUGGAAGUUUGUCAAUAAUGAAUAGAUUUAAGAAAUAUCUGGUAAGAUCACAGUUACAAAAAUCAUAUAAUAUACGCCUUUGGCCUUUUAUUACUACUAAUUGUUACUCAAGUUUUAGUUGGCAUGUAAGUAAUGGCUAUAUGUAUUGGCUUUGAUUUAAAGCUUUUGUGAAGUCAGGAGUUUGGAUGCGCAGUAAUUUAAUCACGAGUGAUUUAAUUAUAUGGUAUUUGCAUCUGAACGACUUGUGAAAUCCGACAGUGAAAUGCUUCGACCUCGGUCCAUAAUACCUUUUAUGGUAGGUUUUGUUUCUUUGUUUUGUUCGGUAUGUAACAUCCGUUUUCAACAUUAUUUAAGUUAUAUCAGGCGGACAGUUCACAUAAUCAUCGUUACUAGAUCACUAUAUCCGUAAGCAACUGCCAAUUUCUCACAUAAAGAAUCCUAGUUGGUAGCAGGGGUCGAACCCACGACCCUCCAUCAGCGAGAGGUUUCAGAGAUUACAAGUCCACGACUGUUUCCCUUGUAAACAUCACGAACCCGGCCUUAAUGCUGGGUCUGUGGUACAAUGAACAAGGAUAUAUGAGGCAAAUGCAAUUUAGACAAGUACUAUAAU